CAUGGCACCCUGUCAAUGGGACGCGUGGCAGCUGCUGAUGCCAUCAAAUCCAGCACACUCCACUUCCUUGAUCUUGUACAGGUACCACUCCCCCACCUGCCCUCCUCUCCUCAAAGCCAGUCCUUUUCACAUACAACUGUUAAAACAUCUUCCUUGAAUUACAGAGCUAGUCUCAUAGCUUUCCUCAAUCCCCAAGAAAACAAUCUGUCAAAAGAACUAAAGAAGAAUAAAGAAAUGGGAGUGGGAGGCACUUUGGAAUACUUCUCUGGCUUGUUGAGCAAUGGCCACAAGAAAAAGAAAAGGAAGCAGCUUCAGACUGUAGAGCUCAAAGUCAGGAUGGACUGUGAUGGGUGUGAGCUCAAAAUAAAAAAUGCCCUCUCUUCAAUGAAAGGAGUACAAUCUGUGGAUAUAAACAGGAAACAGCAGAAGGUGACUGUAAUUGGGUAUGUAGAGGCAAGCAAGGUAUUGAAGAAGGCCCAAUCCACAGGCAAAAAGGCUGAGAUAUGGCCUUAUGUUCCUUACAAUGUUGUGGCUAAUACCUACACUACACAAGCUUAUGACAAGAAAGCACCUCCUGGUUAUGUCAGGAAUGUUGAGGCCCUUGCUCUUUAUAAUCCUGGGACUAAACAGGAAGAUCAGUACACCACCAUGUUCAGUGAUGAGAACCCAAAUGCAUGUUCUAUCAUGUAGAUAGGUUUCUAUGGUGGUAAAGAGUCGUGGUUUUUUUUUUGUUUCGCAUCCUUUUGCCCCAUGUAUGUAUGUCAAACUUCCAUGCACAUCAGUGUUUCUAGUUUAUGUAAUUUUAGUGUACUUCUUCAGAUGUUGAUGAGAGACUUUGGUUCUUUUCUGUU